GGAUGACCGCAUAAUAAUUGCCUUAUUACCCCAACGCUUGGAAGAAUUAGGAAAGGAAACGGCCGACGCCCGACGGCGCAUCCCUUUCGCUUCGCAGCCGCCGAAGCCGCCGUCGAUGGCCUGAGAAACCCUCGACGGAUUGAUCCACUGAUAAAGAUUGGGAUUCCGCAAGCACUUCUCGUUGGGCUUGGACAAUGAUGGGACAUAUGUGAGGUAAUGGGUUGUUGCUGUUGCUGUCCAUCAAGAAGUGCUGAAUCAGAUAGCCCACCACCAUAUUACUAUGUUGACCAUCUGGAGUUGGGUUUGUGGCUGGCUACUAGAGUUUAUGAGCUAGAAUUCUCUCAGAAAGCUUGACAUUUCUCCUUUAUAUGGUUCAAAUUGAAGGGCACAAUAGUUUCCUGGGAGUGACCCAGACAAUUCUCAGAUUUUGUAACUUUAAUCUCGAUUUAUCAAAUUUUGUAUCAUCAAUUUGGUUCUUUUGUUUUCAUACAUUAUCCCAUCUUUAUGGUUGCAGAAUCUGUUUUAAGUCUUUGAACAUCACAUUCUAGGCCUCUUUAUUCUACAAAGCAAAGCAUUUUUCUCCUUACAUGAACCACAAACAAGUUAUGUUUGGAUCCAGGGAGUGGAUCCAUUAUCAGAUGCUUGCUCAAAGAGAGUUGAUCUAAGACCUAGAAAGCAAUGCAAUGUGGCCUCAAAACUUGGAAGAGCAUGAACCAUUGUCAGCUACCAGCCAUGGCGCAUUGCCUGCAGUCCCUUCCAGAGUACUCAACUAUUAUCUGGACACAUCAACACUUGACACUUACCGAGCACCUCCUGCACCUUUGCCCUAUGAUGUGGGUAUGGAGAGCCCACCAACACCGCCUGGAGAUGUUGCAAAUCAUAACAAUAAAGCUAAUCAAACACAAAUAAUGAUUUCUCAGACUACAGGACAGAAUAACGAUCAUUUUGAAACUCCUGAUUGUAAGAAUAAAACCAACAAUGAGCAGAACUCUCCUAAAAGUAGUGAAGAUGAGGUCAGUAAGCCUCUCGCGACUCCAGAUGAGGAGGAUGUUUGUCCAAUUUGUCUUGAAGAUUAUGACACAGAGAAUCCUCGUAUUGUGACAAAAUGUGAACACCAUUUCCAUCUGUCGUGUAUUCUGGAGUGGAUGGAGAGAAGUGAAACCUGUGCAAUCUGUGAUCAGAUAAUGAUGAUCGACAACAUUUACGGUGGCAUGGUUUCUCCAUAGCACAACUCUAUUCUGAUGGAUUAUUAAAAAAAUACUCACGGACAAAAAGAAAAAGAGAGACAAAGGACACAAAAGAUCAUGAUAUCUGCUUCAAACUACUGAUGUAAGUCCGUUUUGUCCUCUCAAAUGUUUUUCUUUCGGCCCUUGUAAAUUUUACAUGUUUGUUUGUGCCCAGCAACUUCUCUAUACUGUGGUUCUUCUCGAUCUCUUUGUUCUCUAUAAUCCAUUUGUAUAGAUUUUUCUUGUUAAUAUCUUGAUGUUGGUAAUUGCAUUACAUCAUGUUGUUAUCUCAAUUGACUACAUUUAAGAAGAUGAUUUUGUUCAAA